ACUAAAAACCUCAAUCAGGUGGUCGUAAUACGUAACUGCGCUCAACUGUUUGUGGCACAACGAUCUCUUAGCACAAUAUCGGCUGCAGCGACCUUGGUCGAUCCUUUCAUAACAAGCAGGAAAAAAUGGUAACAAACCAUGCUGACAGAGAGACACUGAUCGAGACUGGUGUGUGGGGGACAAGGACAACUAGCUAAGAUCCUGCGGCUGUGAUAGAAAAUUUGAAUGGUUUUUUCGCGCUCGUUGCAUUAGAUGAAAAAGAGUGGGGAGGUUUUGGAGGGGUGCCAGGCGCCAAAAUACGUUUACCUAAUUUUUGCUUCAAAAUAUCACAUACCCCACCCUGAAUUUGCUGCAGAACUUAUAAAUAUCAUGCCCAACCUGCAGGUUUUCGCAGUGAUUUAAUGUGGGGGGUUGUGAACUCUGUGAACCCGCACCCGAUUGUAAUCAGCCAAAAGACGAACGAGCACAAUUGGCUUCCAGAACCUUUCCACCAUGUCCAUGGAGGCUCCAGUUCUAAUGCGGAUUAUUCAGGGCAACUGCCGGCUCUAUUCGAACCCGCGGUUGUUACUAUCAAAGCACCGAUACCUCCAAACAAAGAGAAGCUCAUCCAGUGCUCCCGACCACCCUUCAAACGAAACCCGGCAAUAUUCCACGGAAAAUCGCCAGUAUUCAACAGCACUUGAAUUCUAUCCGGAAAACUAUGAGGACACUGAUGUUGUGGCGCCAUCCAGAACUGAUCAAACCGUAAAGCCGUACGAGGCGAUUCCAGGACCGAAAGAACUGCCCCUGAUAGGAAACGCUUGGAGAUUUGCCCCAAUUAUCGGACAAUACAAAAUCCAUGAACUGGACAAAGUGAUGUGGUCCUUAUACAAGGAACAUGGACGUAUAGUGAAAGUUGGAGGGCUAAUAGGCCAUCCAGAUCUCCUGUUCGUCUUCAAUGGGGAAGAUAUCAGGAAUGUGUUCCGGAGGGAGGAGGCGAUGCCUCAUCGGCCCUCCAUGCCCUCAUUGCACUACUACAAGCAGAAGCUGAAGAGGGAGUUCUUUGCCGGGAAUGAAGGGGUUAUCGGCGUGCACGGCCCGAAGUGGGAAGCGUUUCGAAAGCAGGUGCAGCAAAUCCUGCUGCCUCCAGCCACUGCCAGAAAAUACGUGGAGCCUUUGGAUGUUAUUGCGGGCGACUUUCUCACACUAAUGGAACAGUCUCUUGACCGCAACAACGAAUUACCCGGCAAUUUCCUAUCGGAGAUAUACAAAUGGGCGCUGGAAUCCGUGGCUCGAGUCUCUUUGAACACCAGACUGGGCUGUCUGGAGCCGCACUUGCCAAACGAAUCCGAAUCCCAAAGAAUCAUCGAUUCGAUCAACACAUUCUUCUGGAACGUGGCCGAAGUGGAGCUGAAGUUUCCAGUUUGGCGCAUCUACCAGAAUAAAUCCUUCCGAAACUACAUCGGAGCUUUGGAGGACUUCAGAACGCUGUGCCUCAAAUAUAUUACGCAAACAAUGGAAAGCAUGGAGCUUAGGAACUAUGACAAUGUAAAAGAAGAGGACGUUUCCAUAGUGGAGCGCAUACUGAUGAAGACGCACAAUCCGAAACUGGCUGCUGUGCUUGCGCUGGAUCUGCUUCUAGUGGGCGUGGACACUACUUCCAUAGCGUUGGCUUCGACCAUUUACCARCUGAGCCAAAAUGCCGAAAAACAGCAGGUUCUCUUCGAAGAGCUGCAAAAAGCCCUCCCCGGUCAAGACUCCAAAGUGGACGUUGCGGCGCAAGARAAAAUGCCCUAUUURAAAGCCUGCAUCAAGGAAACAUUGAGGAUGUAUCCAGUGAUUAUUGGAAAUGGAAGAAAUCUUCAAUCGGACACGGUUUUAGCAGGGUACCAAGUGCCCAAAGGGACUCAUGUGAUAUUCCCGCACUUGGUGGUGAGUAAUGUGGAGGAAUACUUYGAUCAACCCGAGAAAUUUAUGCCGGAAAGAUGGCUGAAGAAAGACGCAAAAUCCGCCCAAUGCCCUGCACAUAACCAAACGAAAAUCCAUCCCUUYGUAUCGUUGCCCUUUGGAUAUGGACGAAGAUCCUGCUUGGGCCGACGAUUUGCUGAGACCGAACUCAAUAUCAUGCUGGCCAAGAUUUUCAGAAAAUACCAAGUGAACUACAAUUAUGGGCCGUUGACCUACAAAAUCACCCCCACUUAUGUACCUGAACAGCCCCUUAAAUUCAAGCUCACUCAACGAAAUAGUUAAGUUUUUGUAGAUUUGUACAAUUUUACGUUUGAUAUUUAAUAAAUUUUAACUAGUUUAAUACAAAA